AUGGCCGACAACCACAAUGCGGAUGCCGCUAGAGAGCCUGCCGUGAGUGCCUCUCCGCCCGCCAAUGAAGCCGAGCACCGCGCCCUCCUUCGACCAUCGUCGUUCAUCUCUGCCAUCUCAGAUAGCAAUGAAGGAUGUGAGGAGCGUGCGUUUGAGCCAUCUGAGAAGGUCAUUGUUUCCGUCUCUGGCGACCCCAAAGGCAACGCCAAUGAAGAGGGUGCCUUCUAUGCCUCAGGGGGCUGCAUGCCACCCUUCUCAUGGCGCAAGUUGUGGCUAUUCUCGGGGCCUGGCUUCUUGAUGAGCAUCGCAUUCGUGGACCCAGGAAACAUCGAGGGCGACCUGCAGGCUGGUGCCACGGCAGGCCGCACACUGCUUUGGGUGCUCCUGUGGGCCACAGCCAUGGGCCUACUCGUGCAGCUUCACGCUGCGCGCCUCGGGGUGGCCACGGGGAGGCACCUUGCUGAGUUGUGCCGUGAUGAAUACCCGGACUGGGCGCGCCACGCGCUUUGGUUGAUGGCUGAGGUUGCCUUGGUUAGCGCCGACAUUCAGGAGGUCAUCGGAAGCGCCAUUGCCAUCAAGAUCCUCAGCCACGGCCUAUUGCCGCUCUGGGCCGGUGUUGUCAUUACCGUUUUGGAUUGCUUUAUGUUUCUUUCCAUGGAGAACUAUGGGGUAAGAAAGUUGGAAGCUCUGUUUGCGGUUCUGAUUACAACAAUGGCGUGCUCCUUCGCAUGGAUGUUUGUAGAGACUGAGCCUAGUGGCAAAGAUCUAUUAAUCGGUAUUCUGGUUCCAAAACUGAGCUCAAGAUCAAUAAAACAAGCUGUUGGUCUUGUUGGAGGUGUUAUCACACCCCAUAAUGUGUUCCUCCAUUCUGCUCUUGUGCAAUCAAGAAAAAUUGACCCAGACAAGGAAUAUGAAGUUCGUGAAGCGUUGAGGUACUAUUCCAUUGAAUCGACCCUGGCAUUGGUAGUGCCCUUCAUGAUAAAUAUAUUUGUCACAACAGUUUUUGCAAAAGGAUUUCAUGGUACCAAGGAAGCAGAUAAUAUCGGUCUUGAGAAUGCUGGAAAAUAUCUACAAGAGAAGUUUGGGGGGGAUUUUUUCCCAAUCCUUUAUAUCUGGGGUGUUGGAUUGUUAGCCGCUGGCACUAGUAGUACCAUAACUGGAACUUAUGCUGGACAAUUUAUAAUGGGUGGAUUUCUGAAUUGGCGGUUGAAAAAAUGGAUCAGAGCAUUGAUCACUAGAAGCUUUGCAAUUGUGCCAACUAUAAUCGUUGCUUUAUUCUUCAACAAAUCUGGCUAUGAGUUGGAUAUUCUCAAUGAGUGGCUCAACGUGCUCCAGUCAAUUCAGAUCCCCUUUUCUCUCAUCCCACUAAUAACAUUGGUUUCCAAGGAGAAAGUCAUGGGGGUGUACAAGAUAGGUCCAAGAAUGAAAGUAAGUAAUGGUUAUUGA